UCGCCCACUCAGCCCAUGGCGUCCGCGCCCUCCGGCCGUGGCUGGCCGUGUCGGGGCGAAUGCGGCGGGAAGCUCUCAGGCCGAGGUCUGGGCCAUUUCUGUCUCGAAUUGAAGUUCAGAAGCUCUAGAAGCGAUGGCGUCUUCUCCGGAGACCUCUCUACGCAAGCGAGCGGCAGCAGCAACGCUCGAAGAGCUGGAGUUGCAGGACAAAGCCCCAGAAGUGGCAGCCGCAGCAGAGGCGCGCAGUUCAACUUGUUUGGUUGGCUGCGGUGAGACGGCAGGUCAUCCGCAAUGCAGAGGGUGUUUAGGGUUUUUGCGGGGCUGAAGGACAAAGCCCCAGAAGCGGCAGCCACCGCAGAGGACAAAGCCCCAGAAGUGCAUGCCCCCGCAGAGGCCUCCUUGCGCAAACUGUCCUUGCAGCAGUUGAGAGAGAUGGCCACGAAGAUGAAGGUUUCUAAGAAAGGCACCAAAAGCGAGAUCAGGGCAAGGCUCCAGGCAAGGCAGACCCAGGCCUGCUCGACCAAGGGGGCAGGAGCUGCACCUGCGUUGGCGGACGAGCGACGGGGAGCGCAGGCAAUUGCUCAUGUGGAGGCUGAAGAAGUGGACGGCCAUAUCGCCGAAAGCCAGGUGGAUAAAGAAGCUCCAGUUGACCUCACGUCGCCAGCUGGCUGGUCUCAAGAAGGCCCAGUGAGCCGUGCGACCCGAAACUUGCAAGUGCAAGUCAGCAAGCUGGAGCCCAGCAAGCGUGGUGGGCGCAGAGCAAAGAUGGCUGAUAAGCCAAAGCCGAAGAAGCGAGCUGAGCCUGUGUGUCUGGACGACAGCGACUUCGGUGGGCGCAGAGCAAAGAUGGCUGAUAAGCCAAAGCCGAAGAAGCGAGCUGAGCCUGUGUGUCUGGACGACAGCGACUUCGAGAUCUCGCGCUGCUGGCUGCAGGCCCAUGCCAAGAAGUUUGCCCAAGACUUGCAUGAGAAAGAGGACUUCACUGGAAACCGCGUCAGCUUUUCCAAGAACUCCUUGCUGGCGUUGCAGAUGUCCCUUGAGAUGUUUGCGCAGGAGUGGAUGACAGACUGCGCCCUAUUGGCGCAGCACGGAAAGCGCACCACGGUGUGCAAGAGUGAUCUCGCGCUCUCCUUGCUGAUGCGCAACGAGGGCUGGGUGGGCGGCAAGCACAAGGAAAUUCACGAGGAGGUCGAGGCGGCGCGCGCUCAGAACAAGAAGCUGCGGAAAAGCCAGCGUGACUGUGCUGAGGUGAAAUUGCCGACGGUCAGGCAGAUUGAGAAGAUGGUCUUCGGAGAUUGAGCCUGCAGCACAUGACAGAUCGCGUGAGCCCCUGCAAUUUUGGUAGUAACUUUCGCAUUUUCGAGCAGUGCGCGCCAACCCUGCUGCGUUCAGAGAAGAGGAAAAGAGAGAAAGAGAGAGACAGAGAGAGAGAGAGAGAGCGAGAGAGAGAGAGAGAGAGAGCAAGUGGCGUGGCAUGGUGAAGAAUUGG